CUGGGUGCCAUGGGUGCUGCUGCGCACAAGCUGUAGCAAUCGUGAUGUUUGCCACAUUCAAGACUCUGAGCGAUUGUCGUAGGCCAGCUGCGGCAUAGCACAGUCAGAGUCAAAGUCUUGAGUCAUGCUAGCUCACCUUUGAAGUCACGAAUCAAAUAUGGGAUCAACGCGAGUCUGCGAUCAAACUUAAAGAGAGUGCAUGCAUGGUGAGUCACGAGCUCGCGAGUCUGAGUCCACAUUCACGAUUCACAAUUCUUGAUUAAGUGCAAAGGUCGUUGCGUGGAUGGCAUCUGAUGCGUAUGCUGUAGGCGAAGCCUCAAUCGCGGACUUGGCUGCUCAGAAUUAAUCUUAUAGCCGUCAGGCGCUGGUAGAGAGCGUCGACAGCAUCACCGCUCACCGCUCACGGCUCACGGCUCGCGGCUGGCGACUCGCACUGACGACUGUCAUCUACUCGCACACGCUUCCACAAUCUUGUGGACACUUCAUCAGUCAUCAAGCAGCUUCUCCAUCACCUGCACACUCACCAUCAAGCCUUCGCGCUGCCAGAGGACACUCACUCGCCACGUGCGUUGCCCGUUGUAGUCCUCACGACGAAUGAAGGCCUAUGCAGAGUACCACACCACGCCAGCUGGUCACACCGGUCUGCUCAGUCUCUAGAGGCUCGAACCCGAGAGCCAACAAUCUCGUGCUCGCCGAAGGACAGCAACUCAGCUAGAACUCGCUAUCAGCUCGCUGGUAGUCGGCUGAUCCAUCCAUCCGCAGCUAUGCGCGCUGAGCAGGACGCUUCGCUUUGGCUCCCCCUCUGAGCAGAAAUUGGAAGCCUGAAAGCUAGUGUAUAC